AUGUCUAAUGUUAAUUACGAGCCUAUUUCAGUGUGGGGCCGUUUGUACAUAUACGCCAUCCACGGUUACGUCACUGAAGUGAUGUUCACUGCCGCCUGGGAGUUCGUCGUCAACUACAAUUGGAAGUUUCCGGGAAUGACCAGUGUCUGGGCCCUCUUCAUUUACGGAUUGUCUACUUUAAUAAUUGAAAAAUUAUAUUUCGUCAUGAAGGACCGUCUGCCACUCUUGGCCAGAGCUUUAAUAUACACUGUUUGGACGUACUGUUGGGAGUUUAGCACUGGGUAUGUUUUGAAACAGUUCAAUGCCUGUCCCUGGGACUACACUCCAUUCGAAAAUGAUUUCAUGGGCCUGGUGACACUGGAGUAUGCACCGCUUUGGUUUAUAGGGUCUAUCAUUGCCGAGCAAGUUGUCAUCAAACAGACAAACAGGUUAAGAUGGGAGCCUAGUGAUUUGGCAGUUCAGAACGAUAAGGCUGUCACUAAUAUUGGUAAAGGUGGAGAAGAUUCAGAUGGUCAAAUGAAAAAUGGUGUUCUGAAAAAUAAAAAUUUAUAA